UCUCGCCCUCUACCAUCGCCAGUUCCCGCUUUCCUUUCACACAGGUAGCUGUAGCUGAUCCCAGGGUUAUUAUCAUCAUGAAGAUGCAGUCCGUCUUUACUUUCGUCCUUGUGGGGCUGUGGUGCUCAGCUAUAGCAGCCGAGGACGCGGGACAGCUGGCCAACGUGGAGGCGGAUCCUGCGGUGGCUUAUUCCGAGGCGGAGGCGGCGGAGUCGAGCUACGGGCACGGCCACGGCCACGGGCACAGCGUGGGCGCGGGGCUGGUGAGCAUCGCGCAGGGCGCAGUGGACGCCGCCCACGCCGCAGUCGCCGGCCAGCCGGCCGCGGGCGGCCAGGCCGCCUUCCAGGCCAAGAACGCGCUCGCGCAGAACGCCGCCGCCGCGGCAGCCACGGCGCAGGCCGCGCUCGCCGGCAAGCAGCUGAUCGUGGCUAACCUGGAGCAGGCACAGCGGGACGCUCUGGUGCAGGUGGAGUCUGAGCUGCUGCAGCUGGCGCAGGCGCAGCGAGCUGCUACGACGGCGGCCGAGUCCGUGGAGGCGACGCAGAACCAGGUGCGCGCAGUAACGGCGGCGGUGAACGCUGCGCAGGUGGCGGCCGACCAGGCGGCGCGCGCCGCGCAGGAGGCGCAGGCCGAGCUGGCGUCGCAGAGCGGCAUGGUGGCGGCCGCGCGCACGCGCUUCGGCCAGGCGCAGGCGCAGCUGGAGGACGCGCGUGCAGACCUGGCCGCCACGCAGCACGCCGCGCAGCAGGCCGCUGCAGCUGCACAGGCCGCGCAGGCCAAUGCGCACAAGCACGGCCACCACUGACCUCGCCAUUUCUUUGCUGAGUUUGAUACUCCAGUUCCAUUCUCAGCAGUGUAGCAAGUAACAUCUAUGCUCUCCUCCUCUCCAUCGGUAUGGAUAAUGCGGGGCUUUGCUCAUAGUUUAUCUGAUUACUAAUAAUUUGUACUAUUAUAUUGUAACAAUGUUCCCUCAGGCUCUUUUCUUGUGUGUUAACAAAUAUCUACCAACUAUACUGAAGAAGGAUAACACACUUAAUGAGAGGAAAAGAAGAGAGGUAUUGAAAGGAGUCUUUCCUGUACUUGUUACUUCAUUAAUAGACAGGAACUAGCUGCUGUGAAAUUUCAGAGAGCUGUUUCUAUGAGUCUAUUAAGACUGCAAUGUCAAAAGAAU